AUGUAUUUCCUAAUGUAUGUCCUAUUCCAAGUGGAUGUUGUAAAGUCUUCAAUAGUUGUACAGUCUCAUGUCUGUUAUGUCUCUGUGUUGUUGGGUUUAGGACCCCAGGAAGACUAGCUGUCGUCAUAUCUGUUACAUUGCUGUGCUGUUGUGUUUAGGACCCCAGGAAGACUAGCUGUCGUCAUGGCGUCAGCUAAUGGGGUCUGAAUAAAGAUCAAGAUCAAGAUGUUUAAAGUGUGUUGUUGUGUUGUUCCAGUGGUGCUGCCUCCAGAGAAGGCUGCUGAGGGCUGUAACAGUUACCUGCAGUACCCCCAUUCAGACCCAGACCCAGACAGGCUGCUACUGAGAGGAGGGGAUGCAGGCAAAGCCUCUGGGAAGAAACGCAUCAGCCUGGAUGUAAGUUAGACACUAGUCUGUUUUUAUAUCUUCCUCUAGAUCUUAUAUUUUGAAUGUAGGUGUACACUACAUGCUAGGUGUUUAUAAGAAACACUCAGAUCCUCUGACUGUAGUAAUCAGUCACCUAACAUGAAGGGAGAUAUUACUGAGACAUUAAGAACUGUUCUUCUCCCAGGGGUCUCCUCCCCCCUCCCUCCUCUCUAAACACAAUGCCUCACACUCUCCCUAUCUCUCUCUCUCUCUCUCUCUCUCCAUCUCUCUGUCUCCCACCCUCCCCUCUCUCUCUCCUCUCCCUCUCCCUCUCCCUCUCCCUCUCCUCCCUCCCUCCUCUCCCCCUCUCCCUCCCUCUCCUCUCCCUCUCCCGCUCUCUCCCUCCCCUCUCCCCUCUCCUCUCUCCCUCUCUCUCCUCCCUCCUCCUCCUCCUCCCUCCAACUCCCAAACAGUCUCUCCCGGUCUCUCUGAUCUUCCUCUCAAAGCUCUCGCGUCAUCUCCUCCUAUCGUCUACUCAUACAAAUUCGAGUCCUCGUCUCUCUCUUCUCUCCCAUUCUCAACUCCCUCUCUCCUUCAGCACCCUCUCUGCCCCCUGCCGCUCCAAGAAGUUAUUUCCAAUUCCGUCCUGUGAGAUACCUCGUAAUCACAAGUCUUCAGAAACUAUAACUGAGUUGUUAAAUCUUUUUCCUGAUACGGUGAAGACUGAGUUAUUCUUGGGCUGAAAUGUCCAGCCUCCCCCCUCCUCUUCCCCUCCCGUUAUUCUUUUCUUUUCUCCACUGCAGUCCAUUGCAGACGGGGAUAAACAAGAUUUUGCUGAAUGUGAUUAUUUUACUGGUUUAUAUUCCUGCUUUGAAAAGCAGCCAGUAGGGAGGAGUGAGUGACUGUGGAAAAGCAGCCAGUAGGGGAGAGUGAGUGACUGUGGAAAAGCAGCCAGCAGGGGAGAGUGAGUGACUGUGGAAAAGCAGCCAGCAGGGGAGAGUGAGUGACUGUGGAAAAGCAGCUAGCAAGGGAGAGUGAGUGAUUGUGGAAAAGCAGCCAGUAUGGGAGAGUGAGUGACUGUAGAGAAGCAGCCAGCAGGGGAGAGUGAGUGACUGUGGAAAAGCAGCCAGUAGGGGAGAGUGAGUGACUGUGGAAAAGCAGCCAGCAGGGGAGAGUGAGUGACUGUGGAAAAGCAGCCUGUAGGGGAGAGUGAGUGACUGUGGAAAAGCAGCCAGCAAGGGAGAGUGAGUGACUGUGGAAAAGCAGCCAGUAGGGGAGAGUGAGUGACUGUGGAAAAGCAGCCUGUAGGGGAGAGUGAGAGACUGUGGAAAAGCAGCCAGCAAGGGAGUGAGUGACUGUGGAAAAGCAGCCAGUAGGGGAGAGUGAGUGACUGUGGAAAAGCAGCCAGCAGGGGAGAGUGAGUGACUGUGGAAAAGCAGCCUGUAGGGGAGAGUGAGUGACUGUGGAAAAGCAGCCAGCAAGGGAGAGUGAGUGACUGUGGAAAAUCAGCCAGUAGGGUGGAGUGAGUGACUGUGGAAAAGCAGCCAGUAGGGGAGAGUGAGUGACUGUGGAAAAGCAGCCUGUAGGGGAGAGUGAGUGACUGUGGAAAAGCAGCCAGUAGGGGAGAGUGAGUAACUGUGGAAAAGCAGCCAGUAGGGCUGCAAUAGGAAAGGAAAGGCUUGACUCUGCUGCCCUCUGCUGGUUGAUAAAGUCACUGUGUUUGUGUUUCCAUGCAAAGAGGAUCACCAGGAUUCAUCCCAAAUGGCACCCUAUUCCCUAUAUAGUGCACUAAUUUUGACCAGGGCCCAUAGGGGUAUAUCUUUGUUAUUAAGUAAGUAAGCCUUGGACAAGUAAGCCUUGUCCCAGCCAGAUCGGCCCUGUACUGAGGCAGCGUGAUGUACCAAUACACACCCUGGACAGGAGGCUGUCUUCUUAUUAAUAAGGUGUCUCCAUGCCGACAGGACCUAGAGUGUGACGUAUCAGUGGAGGAAGAUAAUCGUCAGGAAUGGAUCUUCACCCUCUACGACUUUGACAACAGCGGCAAAGUUACUAAAGAGGUAAGGCUUCUUUUUAUUUUACCAGGUAAGUUGACUGAGAACACAUUCUCCUUUACAGCAACAACCUGGGAAAUAGUUACAGGGGAGGAGGGGGAUGAAUGAGCCAAUUGGAAGCUGGGGAUGAUUAGGUGGUCAUGAGGGCCAGAUUGGGAAUUUAGCCAGGACACCGGGGUUAACACCCUUACUCUUACGAUAAGUGCCAUGGGAUCUUUAGUGACCAAAAAGAGUCAGGACACCCGUUUAACGUCCCAUCUGAAAGACAGCACCCUACACAGGGUAAUGUCCCUAAUCACCGCCCUGAGGCAUUAGGGAUACUUUUUUAGACCAGAGGAAAGAGUGCCACCUACUGGUUCUCCAACACCACUUCCAGCAGCAUCUGGUCUCCCAUCCAGGGACUGACCAGGACCAACCCUGCUUGGCUUCAGAGGCAAUUCAGCUGUGGGAUGCAGGGUGGUAUGCUGCUGGCCAGGGCUCAUAUGUCUAUGUCUGCAUCCCAAAUGGCACCCUAUUCCCUACAUAGUGCACUACUUUAGACUAGAGCUCUAUAGGCCCUGAUAGUGCACUAUGUAGGGAACAGUGGAGUCUUUGUCUUUACUGAGAAGGUUAUAAUGUGUUAUAACAUGUGUAAUCAUAAGCUGUUACUCAGAGGUAAUAACAGGUGUUCGUCCACUCCUCCUCCUCCUCCUCCCAAGGACAUGUCCAGUCUGAUGCACACCAUCUAUGAUGUGGUGGACGCCUCGGUCAAUCACUCGUCCUACCACAGUGAGAGGAAGACCCUACGGGUCAAACUGACCGUCACACCAGAGCCCAGUGCUCGCAGGAGAGACCACACCUCCACUGGACCAGGUAAGAGACCACACCUCCACUGGACCAGGUAAGAGACCACACCUCCACUGGACCAGGUAAGAGACCACACCUCCACUGGACCAGGUAAGAGACCACACCUCCACUGGACCAGGUAAGAGACCACACCUCCACUGGACCAGGUAAGAGACCACACCUCCACUGGACCAGGUAAGAGACCACACCUCCACUGGACCAGGUAAGAGACCACACCUCCACUGGACCAGGUAAGAGACCACAUCUCCAUUGGACCAGGUAAGAGACCACACCUCCACUGGACCAGGUAAGAGACCACACCUCCACUGGACCAGGUAAGAGACCACACCAAAAUAUAUAUAGGACCAGGUAAGAGACCACACCUCCACUGGACCAGGUAGGAGACCACACCUCCACUGGACCAGGUAAGAGACCACACCUCCACUGGACCAGGUAAGAGACCACACCUCCACUGGACCAGGUAAGAGACCACAUCUCCAUUGGACCAGGUAAGAGACCACACCUCCACUGGACCAGGUAAGAGACCACACCUCCACUGGACCAGGUAAGAGACCACAUCUCCAUUGGACCAGGUAAGAGACCACACCUCCACUGGACCAGGUAAGAGACCACACCUCCACUGGACCAGGUAAGAGACCACACCAAAAUAUAUAUAGGACCAGGUAAGAGACCACACCUCCACUGGACCAGGUAGGAGACCACACCUCCACUGGACCAGGUAAGAGACCACACCUCCACUGGACCAGGUAAGAGACCAUACCUCCAUUGGACCAGGUAAGAGACCAAACCUCCACUGGACCAGGUAAGAGAUCACAUCUCCACUGGACCAGGUAAGAGACAUGGAGGGAGGGAUAUAUAUAUAUAUAUAUAUAUAUAUAUAUAUAGUGGGGAAAAAAGUAUUUAGUCAGCCACCAAUUGUGCAAGUUCUCCCACUUAAAAAGUUGAGAGAGGCCUGUAAUUUUCAUCAUAGGUACACGUCAACUAUGACAGACAAAAUGAGAAAAAAAAAUCCAGAAAAUCACAUUGUAGGAUUUUUAAUGAAUUUAUUUGCAAAUUAUGGUGGAAAAUAAAUAUUUGGUCACCUACAAACAAGCAAGAUUUCUGGCUCUCACAGACCUGUAACUUCUUCUUUAAGAGGCUCCUCUGUCCUCCACUCGUUACCUGUAUUAAUGGCACCUGUUUGAACUUGUUAUCAGUAUAAAAGACACCUGUCCACAACCUCAAACAGUCACACUCCAAACUCCAAAGACCAAAGAGCUGUCAAAGGACACCAGAAACAAAAUUGUAGACCUACACCAGGCUGGGAAGACUGAAUCUGCAAUAGGUAAGCAGCUUGGUUUGAAGAAAUCAACUGUGGGAGCAAUUAUUAGGAAAUGGAAGACAUACAAGACCACUGAUAAUCUCCCUCGAUCUGGGGCUCCACGCAAGAUCUCACACCGUGGGGUCAAAAUGAUCACAAGAACGGUGAGCAAAAAUCCCAGAACCACACGGGGGGACCUAGUGAAUGACCUGCAGAGAGCUGGGACCAAAGUAACAAAGCCUACCAUCAGUAACACACUACGCCGCCAGGGAUUCAAAUCCUGCAGUGCCAGACGUGUCCCCCUGCUUAAGCCAGUACAUGUCCAGGCCCAUCUGAAGUUUGCUAGAGUGCAUUUGGAAGAGGAUUGGGAGAAUGUCAUAUGGUCAGAUGAAACCAAAAUAGAACUUUUUGGUAAAAACACGACGAGUUGACAUGGAGUGAGGACAAAGAAUGCUGAGUUGCAUCCAAAGAACACCAUACCUACUGUGAAGCAUGGGGAUGGAAACAUCAUGCUUUGGAGCUGUUUUUCUGCAAAGGGACCAGGACGACUGAUCCGUGUAAAGGAAAGAAUGAAUGGGGCCAUGUAUCGUGAGAUUUUGAGUGAAAACCUCCUUCCAUCAGCAAGGGCAUUGAAGAUGAAACGUGGCUGGGUCUUUCAGCAUGACAAUGAUCCCAAACACACCGCCCGGGCAACGAAGGAGUGGCUUCGUUAGAAGCAUUUCAAGGUCCUGGAGUGGCCUAGCCAGUCUCCAGAUCUCAACCCCAUAGAAAAUCUUUGGAGGGAGUUGAAAGUCUGUGUUAGCCCAGCGACAGCCCCAAAACAUCACUGCUCUAGAGGAGAUCUGCAUGGAGGAAUGGGCCAAAAUACCAGCAACAGUGUGUGAAAACCUUGUGAAGACUUACAGAAAACGUUUGACCUGUGUCAUUGCCAACAAAGGGUAUAUAACAAAGUAUUGAGAAACUUUUGUUAUUGACCAAAUACUUAUUUUCCACCAUAAUUUGCAAAUAAAUUCAUAAAAAAUCAUACAAUGUGAUUUUCUGGAUUUUUUUUCCUCAUUUUGUCUGUCAUAGUUGACGUGUACCUAUGAUGAAAAUUACAGGCCUCUGUCAUCUUUUUAAGUGGGAGAACUUGCACAAUUGGUGGCUGACUAAAUACUUUUUUCCCCCACUGUAUAUAUAUAUAUAUAUAUAUAUAUAUAUAUAUAUAUAUAUAUAUUAGAGAGAGAAGGGCCUUAUAUGCCAUCAAAAGGAACAUAAAAUUCGACAUACCAAUUAGGAUCCGGCUAAAAAUACUUGAAUCAGUUAUAGAACCCAUUGCCCUUUAUGGUUGUGAGGUCUGGGGUCCGCUCACCAACCAAUAAUUCACAAAAUGGGACAAACACCAAAUUGAGACUCUGCAUGCAGAAUUCUGCAAAAAAAAAUCCUCUCUGUACAACGUAAAACACCAAAUAAUGCAUGCAGAGCAGAAUUAGGCCGAAACGCGCUAAUGAUCAAAAUCCAGAAAAUAGCUGUUAAAUUCUACAACCACCUAAAAGGAAGCGAUUCCCAAACCUUCCAUAACAAAGCCAUCACCUACAGAGAGAUGAACCUGGAGAAGAGUCCCUUAAGCAAGCUGGUCCUGGGGCUCUGUUCACAAACACAAACAGACCCCACGGAGCCCUAGGACAGCAACACAAUUAGACCCAACCAAAUCAUGACAAAACAAAAAGAGAAUUACUUGACACAUUGGAAAGAAUUUACAAAAAAACAGAGCAAACUAGAAUGCUACUUGGCCCUAAACAGAGAGUCCACAGUGGCAGUAUACCUGACCACUGUGACUGACCCAAACUUAAGGAAAGCUUUGACUAUGUACAGACUCAGUGAGCAUAGCCUUGCUAUUGAAAAAGGCAGCCGUAGGCAGACCACAAAAUGAGGUGGAAACUGAGCUGCACUUCCUAACUUCCUACCAAAUGUAUGACCAUAUUAGAGACACGUACUUCCCUCAGAUUACACAGACCCACAAAGAAUUCGAAAAACAAAUCCAAUUUGGAUAAACUCCCAUAUCUAUUGGGUGAAAUAGCAAUAUUUGUGACCUGUUGCCACAAGAAAAGGGCAACCAGUGAAGAACAAACACCAUUGUAAAUACAACCUAUAUUUAUGUUUAUUUAUUUUCCUUUUUGUACUUUAACUAUUUGCACAUCAUUAUAACACUGUAUAUAGAGAUAAUAUGACACUUGAAAUUUCUUUAUUCUUUUGGAACUUUUGUGAGUGUUAAUUUUUUGAUCGUUCAUUUCACUUUUGUUAUCUAUUUCACUUGCUUUGGCAAUGUUAACAUAUGUUUCCCAUGCCAAUAAAGCCCCUUAUAUUGAAUUGAAUUGAAUUGAGAGAGAGAGAGAGAGAGAGAGAGAGAGAGAGAGAGAGAGAGAGAGAGAGAGAGAGAGAGAGAGAGAGAGAGAGAGAGAGAGAGAGAGAGAGAGAGAGAGAGAGAGAGAGAGAGAGAGAGAGAGAGAGAGGAACAUGUAUGGGAACUCUUUAUCAUGGCUGUAUUCUGUCUCUCAAUGGGAUGUAGCUGUUGUUGUUUAUGUGUUGUUGUCUCUCCUCAGACCGGGAGUCCAGUCGCCUUCACCAGGAGGAAGGCCGAUCAGCAGACAGACGGCUUUCUCCUCACAUCAGGUCAGCACGUACUCAAAACACACACACACACACACACACACGGCACUACCACAGACACCCUAACAGACGUCUGUCGUCCUACAUCAGGCCAGCCCACCCAGGUCAGAGCAGUGAGCCACCCUCCCCAGAGGGACAGCAUUACUGUGUGGAUGAGAACACUGAGAGGAGGAAUCACUAUCUGGACCUAGCCGGUAUAGAGAACUACACCUCCAGGUUUGAAGGUUGGUACCACUCAGCUUAUCUCUCCCCUGUACAAACAACUACAACGUGUUGUAGCCAGAUAGCAAACUAAACCUCAAGAGAAUAAUGUGGCCUUGUAGUGAACUAUUAUAUAACAUACAGUAUCCAGUGCCUUCAGAAAGGAUUCACACCCCUUGACUUUUUACACAUUUUGUUGUGUAGGAUUAAAAAGGGUUUAAUAAAAUAAUUAACAUCAAGCCUGGCUCUUGAAAAAUGAUAUUUCAUGAUAUUUGGGAUCUGUUUUUUGAAUUUUUGCAAACCGGUGAUAUUGUAGAAGCAUUGGAACUGUAAAACUGUAUCUUUGUAGUGACUGGGUGUAUUGAUACACCAUCCAAAGUGUAAUUCAUAACUUCACCAUGCUCAAAGGGAUAUUCGAUGUCUGCUUUUUUUAUUUUUACCCAUCUACCAAUAGGUGCAUUGAAAAACCUCCCUGGUCUUUGUGGUUGAAUCUGUGUUUGAAAUUCCCUGCUCGACUGAGGGACCUUACAGAUAAUUGUAUGUGUGGGGUACAGAGAUGAGGUAGUCAUAACAAAAUCAUGUUAAACACUAUUAUUGCACACAGAGUAGGUCCAUGCAACUUAUUAUGUGACUUGUUAAGCACAGUUUUACUCCUGAACUUAUUUAGGCUUGCCAUAACAAAGGGGUUGAAUACUUAUUGACAAGACAUUUCAGCUUUUAAUUUUGUAUUAAUUUGUAAAAAAUAAAAAAUAUAAACAUAAUUCCGCUUUAACAUUAUGAGGUAUUGUGUGUAGGCCAGUGACACAAAAUCUCAAUUUAAUCCAUUUUAAAUUCAGGCUGUAACACAUCAAAAUGUGGAAAAAGUCAAGGGGUCUGAAUACUUUCUGAAGGCACUGGAUUUAUUAUAUAUCACAAUUUUCCCCAAACCUUUAACUAUGUCCUUUGAACUUUGGACUAACCGUACCUCUAAAACAUCCCCCCCACCACCCCCACCCCCCCGUGUGUGUGUGCGUGUCUCUCCCCCACCACCUCCACCCCCCGUGUGUGUGUGCGUGUCUCUCUCCCUCCUCCAGGAUCCACCCCUCCCCCGCCCCCCCAGGAGACUCAUGUGCGGACCUCCCAGUCCCAGAACCGCUCCCGUUCCCAGGAGCCCGAGGCCCACGCCGCCCAUUCCUACCAGCGCCGCUCGCAGGUCAUCGGUGAGAACUACACCCCUCUAGAAGCCCGGGGUCGGAGCGCGGCGCACUUCCUCAAGUCCCCCAAAGGAACAUCUAAAGGAGCCGGCGGCGGAGGGACCAACGGGGGAAUUGAAAGGGGCAAGUCCAGUAAAUGCCACGGCGGGGGGUACUACCCUCCUCACCCUCCUCAUCUCCAGACCGUGCUGCAUACAGGGAACUCCUCAUCUGGGGGUCACGGAGGACAGGAUGUGUACCACCUCCCCAUCUCCCCCACCAGCCCCUGCCCUCCUCCAGCCACCACCAGCACCCUCUGCAGCACAGCCACAGCAAACGGCUCCGGGCCAAAGCCAGGGAGGGUCAGGGCAUGUCCCCGUCCAAAACGCCCCUGUCCCCUCACUCCCAUCCCCAGCAUCAGCAGCAGGCUCCCCCGCCUCCUCCUUCCCUUGAGAGGGAGAGGGAUCAGGGGUCUUGCCCGCCCGGCAGCCCUGGGUCCUUUGUGUUGCCUCUGGUGCAGCGUCACGAGCACCACCACCACCACGAACACCACCACCACCACCACUACCACCAUCACCACCAGACAUGACCCAAUAGGGCCGCAGUCUCGGUCAGAGUCACAGUAACAGUCAAAGGACCGACUGACCACACCCGUCUGUCUGAAAAAGGACUCAACCUCCUCACCCAAUGGGAAUGUUUCCACUUCUGUCCUGAGGCUGCCCAGUCUGAGAUGGCACCCUAUUCCCUAUAUA